AUGAAGAGAAAUUUAAGUCCCUCUAUCCAACGGGAGAUAGUUCUAUGCAAUAAGCAAAAGAGCAAUAAAAGAUGUCUCCUCGUUUCUCUCAACAGUAAAUUUCAAUUCACACUUGAAGGAUACACAGAACAAAGAGAAAAUACAAAUGAUGAUUUCGAACAUAUAAGAAAGCUAUUAAAUAAGGAAAUAAUGUUUAUACUUUAUAACGAUGCAAAGUUUACAUGUAAAUACAAGUGGAUUUUGAUUUUAUGGAUCCCCGAUGAAUCAGUAGCAGAGGAAAUGCGGAUGAAAGAAAAUAUGCUAAAGAAGAAAAGUGUGUCCUUAGAAAAUUUUGAAAAAGAAAAAAAGUACACUGAAGUAACAAAAUUGAAUAGAUUAAUAUAUUACAAUUUAAAAAAUAAUAUUCUUCAUUUUAUUCAUAACAACAGUAAUAUACCACUGAUAGAAGUAAACAAUUUUGCGCAACUAGAAAAAUGUAUAAAUAGUGAAGUUGUUGAUGUUACGUAUAAUAACUGUUUAUCAACUCCAGUUACAAACGAAAUGAAUCGAAAAUAUCAUUUUUACAAUUCCAUUAUUAGAAAUUACCUGUACAAUUAUUACUUCCUGAACGAGCAACUUAAACAAUGUUUUAAUGGUUUAAAUGAUGAAUACGAGGGUAUGUCAAAUGAUCUCGAGGUUCUCAUUCCAUGUAGAAGCACUUGUUUGCUUUUAUUCACUAUCGAUGUAAAUAAAUAUAAAAUAGAAAGCCAUUUUGAGAAAAUAGAAAAAUUAGAAUCCAUUCUUCACAUAACAAAAGAGAGAAACAUUUUUUAUGCUGUUUAUAAAAUUGCAGACACGUACACCCUUUUCUAUCUAUGCCACAGUGAUAGGUGCAGUACGAGAGAGAAAUUUGUAUACUCUUUUUUUAAGCCACAUUUAAUAGAAAUUUUAAAAAAAAAAAAUAUUCCUAUAUUUUUAAGUAUCGAAAUUGGUAAAGUUAAACAUCUAGUAAAAUUUAUUCUUGAAGACAUUACAGAGAAAAAACAAAAUUAUUUUGAAAAAAAUAUACUAUUUGAAAAAGGCACUAAAAUCAACAAGGGUGAAGAAAAUCAUAUGGUAGGGAAAAAAAAUUAUCCUAUCCAUGCACACAUCAAUGCAAAGAAUAAAUUAUUAUCUACGACUGAAAAUGAUUCCAUUAGUAAGGAGAGAACUAAUCAUGAAACCAAUGAGUACAUAGACAUGAAGAAAAAAUAUACAUUUCCUUCUAGAGGAAGUAACUUCUUGUCUCUAAAAAGGGAAUCCAAUAAAAACACACAAUUUAUGGAGUAUAUUUCAGUGGAAAAAGAAGAAAAAAAAAAAAAAACGAAAAAUAUGACAGGUAGUGGGGGGGGAGUCAGAAUAUAUGGAACUCAUAAUUCCACAUUUACAAAUGAGAAUAGCAUAUCACAGAUACUGAAAAAAAAAUCCCUACCAAAAUUACCUAGUUUAAAAAAAGUAUAUUCCUCCACAAUUGAAAGAGAAAAAACUUUUAGCAUAAGCAAAAAGGGGGAUACCUUACCUAAACUUAUAAAAAGCAAAUCUUUAACCCUCAAUAAGGGAUCAUCUACAUCUGUCGAAUUAAAAAAAUCACCUACAUUGUUGAAUACACACCAGUCAUUGCAAUUUGAUAAGAAAAAGAGUCUAACCAAUAAGAUCAAAACAAGAAAAGGGACUUAA